UAAGAAGAAGCAUGAAGUGGUGUAAGUUUAUAUCCGUGGCUUUGAUGAGUCUUCUGAUCACAUUGGCUUCCGCUGAGGCGGCUGGUGAGUGUGGUCGCAUGCCCAUUGGUCAAGCUGCGUCUAGCCUAAGCCCGUGUUUGGCUGCUACAAAGAACCCCAGGGGUAAGGUUCCACCGGUUUGUUGUGCUAAAGUGGGUGCUCUCAUUAGAACCAACCCUCGUUGUCUUUCUGCUGUCAUGCUCUCUCCUUUGGCCAAGAAAGCUGGAAUCAAUCCUGGAGUCGCAAUCGCUAUUCCUAAACGCUGUAACAUCCGCAACCGCCCGUCUGGCAAGCGAUGUGGACGUUACAUUGUUCCAUGAAGAAUUUAGCGUUGGUUGGGACCUUAUAAGAUCAAAGUGAUGAGAAGUUGUUAAGAUUAAAAAUAAAUGUUUUCACUUGCCUUUGUAGAGAACUGUGAACUAUUAUAUCCUUAAUAACCUAUGCUGUGGGACGUCUUCCUAAUUGCCUUUUGGGGUAUAACUUAAUGAAUGCUUUUCAUCAUAAAAAUAAUUUUUUCUUAUGUAA